AUGGUAGUUGGGUCUAUUGAAAGAGGAAAUUAUAUUGAUAAAUAUGGAUGGUGCAGAUUGUUGUCAAACAACAUUGAAACUAUUCUUGAGUAUUCUAAAAAAAUAGUGGAGUUAGGUGCUGGAUCAGGAUAUAUUAGAUGGUUAUUAAAAGAAAAAGAUAGCAAUACCACUAUCGAUUCAUAUGACAUUAAAUCAAACGAUACCUCAAAUACAUUUCAAAGCGAUUGGAAUCAACAAAUAUGGGAAAAGGAAGUUCUAGUUGGUGAUCACUCAGUAUUGGAUAAUUAUGACCAGUCAUUCGAUUUACUUUUAAUAUGGCCACCACCCAAUAACGAUUUAGCAAUUAACUCAAUACAUAAAUUUAAAGGAAAUAAAUUAAUUUACAUAGGUGAACCUAGAAACGGAAUGUGCGCAACAUCAUCAUUUUUUGACGAAUUAAACAAAAAUUGGACCUUGGUUCAUAGGGAACCUGUAAACUCAUUCGAUAAUUUCAAAGACAAUUUAUUCAUUUUUAAAAGGUUACCAUGCGACAGUGAAUCCAAUGUCAACGAAGAAAGAGUAUUGAUAAAUGAACUAACUAAAGAAGAAAACUGCGAAAGAUCAAUUAAAUUAAAUUUAGAUGAUAUUGACACAUUAUUACAAAGUAAAGAUAUUGAGGAGGUAUAUGAAGCAAAUGAAAAACUAGUAUCAUGUUUUAAAGAUUUAUUUUCAAUGGUAUCGUUAUCAGCAACAGUUAGAGAUGAAUUAAAUACAUUGCUUAAACAAAGAUCAAAGAAACUAGAUAAAGCAAUGAUGAAUAAGAUUGGUUUCGAUGAGGACCCGUUUUCAACUGAAGGUUGCUUAGAUUUAAAUCGACCACAUCAGUUUCUACCAGAUAACUGUGUUUUAUGUAGCCACACUAGAUCUCUCACAUCGAAUCCAAAUAAUAUUUUCAAAGCAUUCAACAGAUAUGGCAAAAUUAUAGUCAAAUGUAAUCAUUGUAAUAUAGAAAAUAUCGAUAUUGGUAAAUGGGUUUGUUCAAAUUUAAAUUGUUACAAUAAUGGUAAUAAUAUACCCCUUUCAAAAGAAUCAAAAUAUAAAUGUAUAAAUAACCACCACAAUAAAAAUUAA